AUGACCCUUCCACAAGCACCGACACCGCCACGGCCGCUUCCUACGGGUCCGUUGGCCGCGAUACCAACAUUCUUCAAGGUCGACACGGAGGAUGUUGAUCACGACAGCAUUGGAGCCCAUGCAAUCAGGCUGGUAAAAAGCGGCAUUGUUGGAAUUGUAACUAUCGGCUCGAAUGGCGAAGCGCCCCAUCUGAGCCACGACGAACGUAUCGCGGUCACUGAGACUACUCGCAAAGCACUGGACGAAGCAGGUUUCGGCCAGAUUCCCAUCAUCAUGGGCGCUUCUGACGCCUCCGUUCGAGGCACACUCAGCCUAAUCCGAGGGGCGGCCAAAGCAGGGGCCGACUAUGUCCUUGUCCUCCCGCCAAGCUACUUUCGUGGGGCCAUGACUGGCUCUGUCAUUUCAGACUUCUACGGGCGAGUGGCCGACUCUUCACCGCUGCCUCUGCUGGUAUAUAGCUUUCCGGCGGUUGCAGCGGGCAUCGAGAUGGACUCGGACUUGAUUACCAUAAUCUCACGCCAUCCAAAUGUCGUAGGUACCAAGUUCACAUGUGGCGACACGGGCAAGUUGGCCCGUGUCGCGCGUGCCAUGGACGCAAUGACUCCUCAUGCCACCAAUUCGGGGUACGUGUGCUAUGGAGGGCUGGCUGAUUUUGGCCUGAUGGCGCUUGUCGCUGGAGGGUCGGGGUUCAUUGCCGGCGGAGCAAAUAUCUUUCCCAAGACCUGUGCGCGGCUGUGCGAAGCUUUCAAACUGGGGGGUCUACCAAAGGCGAUGGAAUUUCAGAGACUGUUGUCUGCUGGUGAUUGGCCGCAUACCGCUGCUGGCAUCGCGGGCACCAAGGGGGUUCUCGAGAGGUUCAAUGGCUACGGUGGUGUUCCCAGGCUGCCGCUACAGCCCUUAAAUGCAAGUCAGUUGAACUCGAUCAUUAAUCUCACGAUGGAGGUGAUUAAAGUGGAGGACAACUUAGAGCCUCCCCAACAUAGCUGA